UAUCCUAAUAAAUAAGUCUGACAGAGUUUAAUCUUCUCACUUUACUCUUCUGUCCUCAGCGAUGGCGUCUUCUCAUCUGAAAGAGAAUCUGGAAUGUUCCGUCUGUCUGAACAUUUAUACGGAUCCUGUAACCCUAAAAUGUGGACACAACUACUGCCGGGAGUGUAUUGGUCGUGUGUUGGAUACACAGGAGGAGGAUGGAGGAUAUUCCUGUCCUGAAUGUAGAGAAAAAUUCAAGAAACGUCCCGUCCUUCAGAAGAACAUUACUCUGUGUAAGAUAUCGGAGGCCCUCCAGACUGAUCAGGGUGAUCGGGACAAAACCGGGGUCUUCUGUACUUACUGUAUUCACAUUCCUGUACCUGCUGUCAUAUCCUGUCUGCAUUGUGAAGCUUCUCUGUGUGACGAUCACCUGAGACUCCACAGCAAGGCACCAGAACACGUCUUAUGUGACCCCACCACUUCCCCGGAGAACAGGAGAUGCUCCGUCCAUAAGGAACUACUGAAGUAUUACUGCACUGAGGACUCCUCCUGUAUCUGUAUGUCCUGCAGGAUGGAUGGAGAACAUCGGGGACACCAGGUGGAGACUCUGGAUGAGGCCUCUGAGAAGAAAAAGAAGAAACUGAGGAAUGUUCUGCAGAAACUCAUGACAGAGAGAGAGGAGACGGAGAAAAAGGUCCAGAGUCUGGAGGAACACAGGAGGAAAGAACAAGGAAAAGCAGAUGAGGAAACAGAGCUCACUGCCCUGUUUAGAGACGUCAUAUUGAAAACUAUCCAGGAGCUGGAAAUAAAGAAGGACGAGCUGUACAGUAAGAUAUAUUACAUUGAGGAGCUGUGUAACAUGACGGAUCCACUGACUGUCCUCCAGGAAUCAGGCACAGGUGACUUGUGUGAUACUGAGGAUGGAGAUGAUGAGGACAGAGAGAGACAUGAUGAACUCCUCCAUGAUGGAGGGGAUCUGGAUGUGGCGGGGACGUCACACACAUUACACACAGGUUUAUCUGAUAUCAUGUCUGGGGGAAAUGUAGAGAAAUGUACAGGCACACAUGUCUAUCCACACUCUACUACAGGGGGUGAAGGUCACACCAAUGCUGAACCAUCCAGGCCACACCCCCAACCCUCCCCCACCAUACAACACUCACACUGCCAAACAUCGGGGGUUACAGACAUAUUACUGGAUGUGAGGACAGCUGGUAAUAAUGUACAUAUAUUAGAUGACAGGAAAACUGUAUACUGGAUAUUUGGUAGCCAGAAUCUCUCAGAAACACCAGAGAGAUUUCAAUAUAAUCAGGUGAUGAGCAGUCAGAGUUUCUCCUCAGGGAGACAUUACUGGGAAGUAGAUGUUGAAGAGGCAGAAGAAUAUAUAGUCGGGAUGUGUUACCCCAGUAUAGCCUGGAGAGGGGGUCAGUCAAAGAUGGGAUAUAAUAGGAAGUCAUGGGGGUUGGGGGUUGGAAUUUGGCUGUCUCAGUACUAUGCAAUACAUGACAGUAAUCAGAUCCCAUUACCUGGUGGUGUCUCCAGUAACAGAGUCGGGAUAGAUCUGGAUUAUGAUGCCGGGCGGAUCUCCUUUUAUGAUCUGUGUGACCCGAUCCGACAUCUACACACCUUCACCACCACCUUCACUGAGCCCCUCCAUGCUGGGGUAUGGCUAUAUGGAGGUUGUCUAAAGAUAUGUGAGGAGAAUCAGAUGUGAGAAAUCUGCCCAGAGACUGGUGACAUCACAGGGUGGAGAAUCUGAUUGGUGCAAUACUCAUGACUGAUUUAUUUAUAAAGCUGCAGGUUCCGGGGCCGUCAUCUUCAUCCUAAACCUCACUUCACUACCUAGUGUGUCACUGAACAGGAACAAGCAUACAGUAGGGCAGAGUGUUCAGACUUCACUGGCUGCAUGCUUGUUCUGGGUCAGUCACACACUAGGUAGUGUAUUAGGAUUGGGAUGAUGGCCCUGAAGUCUUCACCUUUAUAGUGUAUCUAUAGAUAGAAUUUGUUUUAUUUUUAGCUUUAGAUGGAAUGGGACCCCUGUCAGGAUUUUACUGAUUUAUGGGACUCCAUUACAGAGAUGUGGAAUUGAGGGGAACUCACCAACAACAACACAGAGAGAAAUACAAAAUCAUUUUCUUUAGUAGAGUAGGGAAGACUAGAACCCCUGUGUCCCUCUUGUAGAUUUUCCUUCAUUUCCUGCCUGAUUAAAUGUUGUCAUCCAGACAGGAAGUGAGGGGAAAUCUCUAUAAUGGAGCCCUGGAUAUCAGUAUAAACCUGACAGGGGUUCUAAUCCUCCCCCACUCCAUCCAGAACUAGAACAAUAGGAUUUGUCUAGAUACACACUUUAAAGAGUAACUCCACUCUUGUUGGGAAUAUACCCCUCCCCCUCUGGGUGAUCUCUGUACAUUGCAGGGAACAA